CGCCCAGCGCUUCCGGGUCCGGCCGGUUGCCAUGGGGACGCGGCCCAGCCGCCAUGGCGGGGCCGAGCUGGCUGGAGCGGCUGCGCGGGGCCCGCAAGACCGCGCUGCUGCAAGACGGGAAGAGGAAGGUCCAUUACCUGUUUGAGGACGGGCUGGAGAUGGCUGAGGAGUACAACCUGAAGACCAGCCAGCUGCUGGCUAGAAAGUGGCGAGAGAAGAAUGCUCUGGGGAGCUGCGGCAAGUGGCAGGUUGAGGUGGGAGAGCCGACCAUGCACCCUGAGGGGGCACUGGAAUCGGAGCUCAUAAAGGAAAGCAGCUCCAGUGUACGUAAGGUGGUCCUGUUCACAGCAGUAACUAGACCUACAGCCUCACAAACUGCAACCACCUAUCUUCAUGAGGAGGGAUACUCAGACCAGUUUCCAGUGGCGGAUCCGGAACCUACCCUACCCCAAGGAGGUCUACAGCAUCUCUGUGGAGAAGGAGCAGCGCUGCUGUGUUGUCCGCACCACCAACAAAAAGUCAGUAUUACAAGAAGUUCCCCAUUCCUGACCUGGACAGAUUCCAGCUUCCCCUGGACGCGGCUGCCCUGAGCUUCACUUAUGCCAAUGCCACCCUCAUCAUCACGUCUCAGCUUAACUAAGCUGCUUGAAGUGGCUAGCCAUGCAGUGCUGGUCUGAAUGGGAGCACUGAGCGGCCGUGUCUCUUCCCUGCAGUACCAGAAGCCCCAGGAGAUCCUGGCUGCGGAAGAAGAGC